AUGGAGACAAGACAAAAGGAAUUACAAGAUAAGCUGAAUGAGCUGAAACAGUAUGAAGAAGAGCAGAAAAACUUGAUGAUUAUGACACAAAAGAGUCUUUUAACAAAGGAACAACUUCAAAUGUAUGAAAUUUUAGGAAUAAGCUUAUCCAGUUUUAUAGAAAUGCAAAAUAAUGAUGAUUUAGAAGAAAUUAAUGACAAUAAUUCUGAUGAUUAUUCUAAUAUAAUUAAUGACUAUGAAGAUCCAGUAGACGACUCAGAUAUUGAGCAAGAGAAAAGUCCAUCAAAGUAUAAUAAUGAAUUAAUUAAAAGUGAUGACAUAAUUCCAGCACAGCGACAAUUUCAUGUUGAGGAAUUUAAAGACACUGGAAGUGAAUUACAGGUUCCAAAAAAGCCAUUUCUAAGACGAGGUGCUGGGCUAUCGUCACGAUUUAAUAUGGCACCAGAUAGAUUCAGCUUAAAGAAGCUUCCUCCAUAUAAAUAUAGCGAUAGAAUUAAGAAAACUUUGGCAAAAACUAAAAAUCCACAAUUUAAGGAUGUUGAACCAACAAAAAAGGAACGACCAAAAUCAUUAGAUAAUGAUAAGAUAGAUAAGCCAAAAUCACUGGAUAAUGACGUUAAUAAAAUAACUAGAAAAAGUGAUCCAGUUGUUAAGAAAAAUGACAUAAAAAGAGUUCCUGAAAUUCCAGAAUCUAAAGAUUUGGUAGUUCCGCAAGCAAAUCUCAAAAUACCACUAGCUAAGCCCAUUGAACAACCGCCAAAUCCAAUAAUUGAAAGAAUUCUAUCAAAAUCAAGUCCAGAAGAAAUUAAGGAAACGCCAAAAAAUCCAAAACUCCCAAAAGGCGUAUCAUGGGCACAAAUUCUCUCGUGCAACAACAUUGCUGACUGUUCUGUCAAUCUAAAUCAGCUUGUGGCACCAACAGAGAAUGAACAUGAUGAGACAAGCUUGUUCCAGCUAUUAGAAGAAAGAAUUAACAAUUUAAAUUUAGAUUCAUCACCAUCUAGUUUAAUUAAGCUAUUGUCAUCAUUACAGAGUGAUCAGAGCAGUAAUUCUGAGGCUAUAAAGGAAUUUCUCAAACCUAAUGAUCCAAUAAUCAAUGAGAAUGCAAAUACAAUAAAUUUAAAGCUACAACCACAUCCAAGUGAUGUUAAUAAGAAGCUAAUUAUAGAUGAAAGUAGUAGCAGCGAGAGUGAAGAAGAAACAGUCAUGCCAGAUGAUGAUAUUGAUCAUCGUGUCAGGUUUGCUGAAAAUGUCGAGUUUGUGAACGAUGAUGCUAAUUCCACGAUUUUAUCGAGUGACUUGGAUACUGUAGAAUUAAGCCAGACAUCCACUCCAAAUGAAAGACUCAAAUUUCAGGAAUUUAAAAGGAAAAUGCUUGGAACUAGCACAGCAAACCAUCAAAUGGAGCAACAAGCAGCAGAACUGAAAGAGAAAACUGAAUUAUUAAUGAUGAAGUUACAAGAAAUUGAAAAAGAAAAAUCCAGCAUAAUUAAAAUUAGAAGUGAAUUGGAACUAGACAAAAUCCAGCUUGAGAAUGAACGUGAUGACAUUUUUGAACGACUUAAGGACGAGAAAAUCAGGAUGGAAAUGGAAAUUCAUGAUGAAAAAAUGAAAAUUGAACAGCAAAAGCAGAAACUCGACAAAAUGCUGCGUGAUGCCAAAAAUCCAACAAAAAAGGAACGAGAGGAAGUGACAAAAUUAAAAGAAACAAUUGAGGAACUUAAAGAGGAAAUGAAAUCGAAGGAAGUAAGGCAUGGAUCAUCACAGGCACGAUAUCGAUCACAAAUUAAGGUCCUUGAAAAAGAGAAUCAAACAUUAAAAUUGGAACUAGAAGCAGAAAGAAAGGAUAACAAGAAAUUGGAACUAGAAAAUGCGCGACUCAAAAGAGAAACAAACAGCAAAAUGCUGCAGGAAAUUAACAAAAAUAUCGCAAAAUUAUCUCAGCCUGAAGUUUUAACAAAAAAGCCAGAAAUUAAGAAAACGGAAGUCCGAAGGAAAAGUGAACCUGCCUCAAAACCAGCUCCAAAGAAAAAGCCACAAAUUAUACAGGAAAUAUUGUCGAGUGAAGAAUCAAGUACCGAUGAUGAUGAAAAUCAAGGCACAGAUAUAAAUCUAAUAAGAACAAGGUCUUCAGAUCCGAUUAGAAAAACCAGCACUAUACAAAAUCGUACAUCAACGUCGUCAUCAGACAUUCUUACAGAAAUGAAACGAGAAAUUGUCAAUUCUGAUGGAAGUAAGGACAUUUGGUAUCCAAAUGGGAACUUAAAGAAAAUUUCAGCAGAUGGAAUGAUGAUUAGGAUGCUGUACUAUAAUAAGGACAUUAAGGAAACAAAUAUCAACGAGGGAACUGUGAAAUAUUAUUAUGCUGAUACAAACACAUGGCACACGACUUAUGUCGAUGGUUUAGAAAUUCUUGAGUAUCCAAGUGGCGAGGUAGAGCACAGAUACAAAGAUAACACAGUAGAAAUACAUUACACAGAUGGAUCAAUAAGAAUUACGAAUAAAACUUGGACAAAUGAUAUAAAGGAAGAAUGGAGAAUGCCUGACGGCACAAAUGCUAAGAUCUACAAAAAUGACACAAAAGUUUUAUCAUUUCCAAAUGGUCAGCGAGAGAUUCACACGUCAAAUUACAAGAGAAGAGAAUUUCCCGAUGGAACUGUAAAGAUUGUGUAUGAAGAUGGCAGUAUGGAAACAAGAUAUUCAAAUGGACGGAUAAGGGUGAAAGACAAGGAUGGAAAUCUAGUUAGUGACACAAUUAGCAAUUAA